AUGACUGGAAGCGACCAUGAGGUGAUUCCAGCCCAGGUCUCGUACCUUGCCAUCUAUAAUCCAACCCUCGGACCUACCGAUGAGACGAUAGCGGAUCAGGUCGUGUACUACACGUCACAAGCAACACACGAACAAGAAAGCACUGGGUAUACCGCGGAUAUCGAAGAGUCUAAGGACUUGCAAAAUGAAAGACUGCGCCAGAUUGGCCUGGCGCAAGGUCUGGUAAACUUUGCUAGUAAUUUCUCAGAUGGAAAGUCUCUGGAAUAUGUUGAAACAGACAAAUCACGGGUCGUUCUGCUUGAACUCGAGAAGAACUGGUGGAUUGUGGCGUCGAUCGAUCUCACACGACUUCCCGUCGAUUCGACUCAGAAAUCAUCAUCCGAGGAAGCCCCAGCGUUCCAAUAUUCAUCCCGUGAAAUGACCCCGCCACCUUUGCUUAUCCAGCAAUUGCGUCGCGCGCAUUCGGGAUUCCUCUUACAUCAUCACUUCACGUUAGACGAGCUCUUGAAUGAAGUCGGCAGAUCUAGGUUAUGCCUCUAUCUUGAUCGCUUCUGGGAUAAGUUCACUUGGAAUUGGGAGCUUUUGAUGACCGGAAAUCCGAUUGUUAAGAUCUACAAUGGCAUCAAACUCUCUGCGGGGGGAGAAUUGGGGAUCGGCGUCGGAGAAGAAGAGUGGGGCAGCGGGGAAAGAGAGGUACUCGAAGACUUUGUGACCAGGACAGAAGGCUUGGUGGACUUGAUUGUCUCCAGAUUUGGCGAUUCUUCCCUGCCCAUCGAGGAGUUUCCCAGUCCCACAAAGUCAGAUGAAACCCAAUGGCUUGGAGCAGACAAUGACCCUCGGCCAUCUGAUGGCGUGGUCUUCACGGGUAUUGGCGCUCUUUCUCGACACUCUUUAGCGCAUGUGUCGCACUGGAUGGAAUGGAUAUAUCAAUUCGGUGAUGCCGCUUAUGGGGUUGGGAGAGACCCAGGUUCCUUACGUCGCCGCAAGCCACGGAGACCGCGCGCAGCGAAGGAUUGUGGGGAUGCCUCCCAAUCCGCGCCUGAUCGUAUUUUCACACCUGGCAUACCCCGUCCGCUUAUAAUGGCGACACCAGAGCCAGUUCAACCUGUCCCUACAGCGGACCAAACUGCGGCCCAAGAUGAGGCCCCGCCGCUCCGAAAUGAACAAGGGGGCGAAAGCGUCGGGUUUCCUACAGAAACGGUCAUGAAGUACCUCACUCUUGGAUAUGGCUCAUCUUGGAGUUUUUCUCCCAAACGAGUAUCCUCGCCGCCUCCCGAUAGUCCUGACACCAGUCAAGAUAAACCCCAGUCAACGCCAGUUUCGGCAGAUCAAUCUGAUAACACUGCACAGCCUCCGCAGGCGGACGGCAACCAUCAAAGUGAUGCGAGGAACAAAUCCUCUGGUCGGUUUAUUCUAGGACCUCGUGAUGACUUGCAGAUAUUGGAUGAUCUUGAAGAAGGGAGCCCAGAGCCCGGUUCGGAGAACGGUAAACCCAAAUCUCGCAUAGUGUGCAGAACUUUAUAUGUGUAUCCUGGUGGACCAGAAGCGACACCGAGGAAACUCCAGGCCGUGAUUUACGUGCACCAACCAUUUAUGUUCACCUUCCUAUUUGAUCCACAAACGCCUUCUCUAUCAUCCCCGUCACUCUACUCAAGUAUACAUCAUCAACUUGGCCCUCUCCAGAAACCACUACUGUCGUCGACCUCCCCAGUCAUGGCAGCCUCUCGAACAUUCACGUCAGGAAACUCGGACCCCAGCAAACGGUUUUCGGCCAUAUCCCACCCAAUCUACGAUUUAGUCUACGAUCCAUCGAAUCUGACCAUCCGCUCCUCAAUUCCCAACAUCCCGAGCCUCAACAUUUCACCUCAGCCACCGUCCCAUCCUGCUGCCUCUUCAGUCCCAACAUGGACUCGGGUCGAGACUCUAGCGAUCCAUCACCGCCUUCUAUCUACAUACACAGACACACGCUCCCGUCCUCAAGAACUCGAACGUACGAGUAAAACCACUCGCGGGUGGUGGGUUGUCUGGGUGCGUCUUGCGCAAGCAGCUUUAUCAACAGCCCCCUCAUCGACCACGCUAUCCUCUGCAGCUCACGAGUCUUCCUCGUCAUCCCAAACCCCGCAAGCCCCGCAAGAAGCUUUCAUCGUUCGCAAGGCGAGUGAUUACGUCUCUCCCACUGGCCAUGGGCGUGUCAGUAGUGGUGCACGCUUCUUCCGGGACCUUGGGGGUGCUUCUUCCGGCUUGGCAUACCGUGCAGAUACAACGCCUUCAAAGUUAGUUGAGGGGCUUGGGAUGGAUGCAAGGAGAUACAUCGAGGGGCUACUGAGUUUGAAUCGGUAA